GACUUGAAGUCACCUCAGUAGGCAGGAUCUUCAUAUUUAGUUUCUUUCUUUUUUCUUUUCUGAAAAUUUAACAAAAUUCUAAAAGAAAAUUUUUAGAAAUGCGCAAGACCUGGCAUAAGCCGUUCCACAAGCGCAAAGCGUGGAAUACAGUUUCCAGGCGGGGCAAGUUGGUUUACUAUAUGCAACCGCUAGUCGACCACUUCUUCGAGGUCUGGAUGCAGGCCCUGCCCUUUCCGACGCUCCUCAAGUUCGUCUAUACCGGCUGCCUGGUCUUCUUCAUUCUACUACCGAUCCUGUAUCCGAUGUUCGUCCUUCUGCUGUACUACGGUAUCUUUCAGUAUGUGGCCGAGCGGCAUACUGGGGCGGUCAUGCCGGACAACUGGGACCUGUUGGGAGCGGUCGCUAAUCUGUGGCACUUCGAGAUCACCAACAAGAAGUACCAGCUGUUUGUGACCAUGUACAUUGAUCGGUACCGAGUGAUUAUAACCGCUAUAUCUUCGACAGUGGACUACAUUCGAAUGGCACUCGGUUGUGUGUUCUAAGCUUGGGGCACGACAUCCACGAUAUCUACUUGCCACUGCAGGUCAACGGGUGGUAGGUGGUAGG